AUGGAGCAGGCUCAUGUGGAGCAGGCUCUGCAGGAGCAGCUGGCGGCUCUGGUCGAUAGUGCUGUGGAGCGUGUGCUGCACUCGAUUCCAGGCGAUGGCCUGCUGGAGCUGCAACUAGCCCGACAGGAGAACGCCGACCUGCGGGCAGCGCUCAGGGAAGUCCAAGCCGUGGACGAUGCAGAGAUCAAACGCCUGUGGGGAUACAUCGUUCAGCUAGAGGCCAAGUGCACCGAGUUUCAAAGGCUAGGCGCGGGACAGCCUCACGUGGAAGCCUCCCUGCGAUUGGAAGCAGCUCCGCAGGCAGCAGAGGUGGGGCCCGCUGCGGCAGCCGCCGACGGCGACGUCACAGCUGCCCAGCCUUCGCCCUCGCAGCAGCUCCAGUGGAGGGCCGCCCGGCUGCGGCAGCAGCUGGAUGCCAAAAGUGCCGAGCUAGCAGCCAUCCAGGAGCAGCUGCGGGAGCAAAGCGCCGCGGCACGCGCCGCAGAAGAGCAGGUGCAGGCGGUCCAGGCGCGGGCUGCGGCUGCCGACCAGCGCGCAGCGGAGGCUGAGGCCAAGUGGCAGGCGGCAGUUCCGGCGCUUGCCGGCACAGCAGACGCAGCUGCCGCCGCCUCGCUGCCGCAGCUGCUCCAGGACUUCAAGCAGCAGAUCGAGGCCAGCCUGCGGCAGGAGCUGCAGCAGCGCCUGCUGCCCCAGCUGCGCCACGAGAUCUCUGCGGCGGUGCAGCUGCACAGCCAGCAGCAGGCGGUGCCCCAGCCACGCAGCAUGUCGCCCUCGGUGGCACACCAGCCGGCGCCCCCGCCGCCGCUGGAGUCGCCACAGGGUGCAUCGGGGCCAGGCCGGCCGCCGCCGCCGCCACCGCAGCAGCAGCAGCAGCAGGCGGUGCCUGCUGCGGCUGCCAACGUGGCGGGCGCCACGAGUCGCGCCCGCUCUCCCUCCACCUCCUCUGUCAUGGAUAUCAGCGAGGAGGACGAGGCGCCGCCGCCGCCGCCACCAGCCAACCCGCGGCAGCCUGCGAGCCGCCAGGCGGCAGACGACAGACGCGUCCCGCCGGGCUUCUCGCUGCGCGCGCAGCAGCAGGCGCCCAAGCCGGACCAGCAGCCAGCCGACCAGCUGCAGCCUCUGCACCUGCCUGCGCAGCCUGCCUCUUGGCAGCAGCCGUCAUUGCAGCAGGCGGCGGUGCCUGGCGGGGCUCGUGGGGUGCAGGGGGAGGCUCAGCAGGCCCAGCCGCCGCUCGCCGGGUCCGCUGGUGCUCAAGUGGCGGCUGCCGUUGCCGCAGCGCGAGCUCUGAGUGCCGGCCUGACCAGUGCAGCGGCACCGGCAGGCGCCCAGCCGAAAGCAGGCAGGGCCAUCACCACAGCGCCAGCGUCGCAGGAAAAGCAGCAGCAGCAACAGAAGCCGCAGCAGCAACAGGAGAAGCCGCAGCAGAAGCAGCCGCCGCAGCAGCAGAGGGAACAGCAGCGGGCCGCAGCUGCGGUGGCAGAGGCCAGCGAUCAGCCGGCGGCCGCGCCUCGAGCGCCUGCUGUGCCUGCUGGCGCACCUCCUCAGCAGCGCAGCCAGGAGCAGCAUGACGCAGCGCAGGCCGAGGCGGCAGCAGAGGAGCUGCCUCCCUGGCUGGCAGUGGCUGCCUCCAUUCGUGCCCAGCAGCGCCAGGCGGCGUCGCCAGGCGAGGCUGGCCGCCGCAAGCUGCACCAGUGGCAGCAGCUGGCGACGGCGCACGCCGACACGGCCCCCGGCCGCCCGCCCAAGACGCUGCCGUUUGCGGUGGCCGAAGGCGCCGACCCCGUAGACAUCGUGGCGCAGGCAGCUGCCGGGCAGCUGCCGUACUGCUGCCCGCCUUGCAGAGCAGUGUUUCCCUCGCAGGAGGCUUACCUGGAGCACCAGUCCCAGCAGCAGCAUGCAGACACAUGCCGCUCAGUGUACAGCGCAUACACAGGCAACGUGAUUGCGCGGAACCGGGAGGCUCAGAUCAGCCGUGUGGCUGGCGGCAGCCCCAAGGUCAAGCUGACCCCCGAGCAGCGCAGCCAGCAGUUCUGCUGCCUGGCCUGCAGCCGCGUGUUCAUUCUGGAGCAGUUCAUCCACCACCUCGUCUGCGCCAACCACCUCCAGAAGUGCCAGGUGCAGCUGAGCGCGUUUGGCAAUGCAGCAAAGCGGCAGAAGGUGUAG